AUGUCUCCGUCAGCAGCUGAGGCUGCAUCGGGAGAGCAGCCCCUUCUGACUGUGCAGCAAGAACAGCAGCAGCAACAGCAACCGAGGCAGCAGCAGCAGCAGCAGCAACAGCAACAGCAGCAUGAACGCCUGCAGCUGCACCAGCACGGUGACCCAAUAAACCAGCAGCAGCAGCAGCAGCAGCAGCAGAAAGAGGACAGCCCCACCUGGGCUGCACUUGCGGAGGAGUUGAGACGGCAGCAGCAGCAGCAGCAGCAGCAGCAGCAGCAGCAGCAUGAACGCCUGCAGCUUCACCAGCACGGUGACCCAAUAAACCAGCAGCAGCAGCAUCAGCAGCAGCAGCAGCAGCAGCAGAAAGAGGACAGCCCCACCUGGGCUGCACUUGCGGAGGAGUUGAGACUUGAGCAGCAGCGCAGGGCGCCGCAGGAGCAGCAGCAGCAGCAGCAGCAGCAACAGCAGCAACAACAGCAGCAACAGCAACAGCAGCAACAGCCAGAGGGAACAGAACGCCAGCAGCUGAAGCUGCUGCAGCGGCAGCUACACAGGGAGCAGGAGCCCGAGGAGGACCAGCAGCAGCAGCAGCAGCAACAGCAGCAGCAGCAGCAGCAGCUGUUGCUGCAGCGACAAAAACCUCGCUCUGCAGAACGAUUUUGCCUAAAACAGCAGCAGCAACAGCAACAGCAACAACAGCCAGAGGGAACAGAACGCCAGCAGCUGAAGCUGCUGCAGCGGCAGAUACACAGGGAGCAGGAGCCCGAGGAGGACCAGCAGCAACAGCAGCAGCAACAGCAGCAGCAGCAGCAGCAGCAGCUGUUGCUGCAGCGACAAAAACCUCGCUCUGCAGAACGAUUUUGCCUAAGAGAGACAAGAACUGCUGCAGCAGCAGCAGCUGCUGCUGCUGCUCCUGCUGCUGCUGCUGCUGCUGUUGCUGCAGAGACACCCGAAGAGACACCCGAAGGUAUCCCCCGCAGCCUGAAGAAGGGGCUCAGUCUGCCCGCCCCCAUCACAGCAACAGCUUCAGUCCUCCAGCAGCAGCAGCAGCAGCAGCAGCAGCAGCAGCAGCAGCAGCAGCAAUACAAGCAGCACCAUAGACAACGCCGCAGACUUCUGCAGCAGCAGAUGAAGCAGCAGCAGCAGCAGCAGCAGCAGCAACAGCAGCAGCAGCAACAGCUUAUACUGAGACAGCUACCAGCAAGAUUGGCUCUGCUGCAGCAGCAGCGGCAGCAGAAACAGCAGAAGCAGCAAUCCUUGCAGCAAACAGGUCAGCAGCAGCAGCAGCAGCAGCAGCAGCUGCAGGAGUUGCUGCAGCUGCAGGCCCAACGUCCCCAGCAACUGCAGCACCAACUGCAGCAGCAGCAGCAGCAGCAGCAGCAGCAGCAGCAACUAACACCUACUUUCUCCGUCGGCUCUCUAAGAAAAAAACCCCCCAGCAGAUGGAAGCGGCCCUCCCCCUUUGGUCUCCGCGUUGACUUUCCUGUUAACCCUUUGCUGCAGCCGCUGCUGCUAGACACCAACCCAUUCCUUGACUCACGCCCCACAUACAAAGGCAGCACCAAGCUGUAUGAGGUGCAUGUACAGCGCAAGGGGGAGGAGCUGCUAGAGGACGGGCAGCUGCAGCAGCUGCAGCUGAUGAAGAAGCCACAGCAGCUGCUGCUGCACCAUGAACAGCAGCAGCAGCAGCAGCAGGAACAACAGCUACUGCUGCACCAUGAACAGCAGCAGCAGCAGCAGCAGCAGCAGCUAUUGGUGCACCAAGAACAGCAGCAGCGGGUGACCCCCUAUGGGCUUCUUGCUAAGAUAGCCAGCAGCAGCAGCAGCAGCAGCAGCAGCAGCAGCAGCAACGAGGCCGCCGAGGAGCAUCUCAAGGGGCAUUUGCUGCUGCAGCAUCGCUGCAGCAGCAGCGGCGGAAGCACCGGAGAUAUUCAGCAGAGCUGCGGCUGCUGGGUAGACAGCAACAGCAGCAGCAACUGCUGCUGCUGCAGCGGCAGCAACAGCAGCAGCAGCAGCAGCAGCUUGCAGCAACGCUGCUGCAGCGGGAACAGCAGCUUCCUUGCUACCACCCCGACCUUUGAGGAGUUGGUGGAGGCGCAGCUGCGGCAGCCAGCAGCACUUUAUCUGCCCCGCCGAGCGCUGCAGCAGCAGCAGCAGCAGCAGCAGCAGCAGCAGCAGCAGGAGCAGCAGCAGCUGCAGCAGACUCUGCUGCAGAGCCAUGACCUCUCCCUGCCUCUAGGCUGCUGCUGCCCUGCAACAGAAGAGCAUGCGGCGCUGCAGCAGAAGCAGCAGCAGCUUCAUCAUCAGCAGCGGCUGCUGCUGCUGCAGCAGCAAAGCCCCACAACAGACCGCAUGCAUAUAUUAUCACCACUGACAUCUCGGUUUCAGCAGCAGCAGGGUGACUCUACAACAGCAGCAGCAGCAGCAGCAGCCACCACUGACAUCUCGGUUUCAGCAGCAGCAGGGUGA